AAUUAUUCAAAUUGACUUUGAUUAGUGCUACAUGACAAACAAUUUCGAACGAAUGAGUAUAUAUUUAAAGGGCGAACUUUUACGUACCAAUCAAUUUCAAAUUCACGAGCAAUUAUCUUUUCUUUGAAUUUUCUUUUCACGUAUAAUUUCUAGAAGUUGUGUUGAGAGUUCAAACGGCUAGACUAUUCAAAGUAGUCCUUUUUCAUGAUAAUACAUCCUCUUAAUAUUCUUGAUGCACGUAAGUAUAUAAAUCCCAUUAUCUUCCAAAUUUCUAUAACCAAAAAAAAAAACUUUCUUACAAAAACGAUUAUAUAUUCCAUGGCCAAUUCCAAUGAUAACAACAAUGAGAUUGUGGCUGAAAUGCAUGGUUUCUAUAGAAUCUAUAAGGACGGUCAAGUUGAACGUUAUAUAUAUCAAAAAAGUAUCUUAUUAACGUACGUUUCCCCAUUACUUGACGAUCCAAAAAAUAAUAUCUCCUCUAAAGAUGUUAUAAUUUCACCACACGUUUCUGCUAGACUUUACCUUCCUAAAAACACAACAAAUUCCACCCAAAAACAUCCUAUUAUAGUGUAUUACCAUGGUGGUGCACUAGUUCUUGGAUCUGCUUUUUUUAAAACGUACCAUAAUUAUCUCAAUGUCUUGGUUUCUAAAUCCAACGCAAUCGCGAUUUCAGUUGAGUAUCGAUUAGCCCCUGAACAUGAUGUUACCACAAUUUACGAAGAUUCUUGGACUGCACUUCAAUGGGUCGCAUCACAUGCUAAUGAAAAAAAAUUCACUAGUGAUAACGAAGACCCGUGGAUAAAAAAUUACGGAGAUUUUAGUAGAUUGAGUAUCAUUGGAGACAGUGCUGGUGGGAAUAUAGUUUAUCAUAUGGCAAUGAGAGCAGGAAGAGAAGGUGGUAUUAAUGAAAAGGUAACUAUUAAUAGUUCGAUUUUUGUUUGUCCUUACUUUUUGGUUCCAAUUGAGAAUAUUGAAGAACAUGCAUCGUACAAGAAUUGGCUUAUUAUUAGCUCACCAUCAGAAGCUGGGCUACAUAGUCCAUUGAUCAAUCCACUUGCUGAGAAUGCUCCUAGUUUGUCCCAGUUGGGUUGUUCUAAGAUGUUGUUGUGUUUCACGGAGAAAGAUGAAUAUAUUCCAAAAGAAAUUGGGGUUCGAUUCGUUGAAGGCGUAAAGAAAAGUGGUUGGAAAGGGGAUUUAGAGUUGAUUGAAGUUGAAGGUGAAGGUCAUUGCUUUCAAUUAGCUAGUCCUGAAAUUGAAAAAUCUCAAGAUUUGAUUAAGCGAUUUGCUGCUUUCAUCCAGCAUUAAUUAAUUAAUAGGGUACACUACUAUAGCAACAUCCAACUUGUUGCUUUGAUUAGUUCUCUUUUAUCUUUAUUUUUAUUUAUCAUGAUGAGAUGGUACGCAAAAUAGAGUAUCAUAAAAAUAAGCAUACUAUUUAAUAUAAUUUAAUCAAGUUAUUUACAUAAUAUUUAA